CAAAGCCUCAACAUGGUCAAUCAAUGGAGCUGUGUCGUGCUCCUCGUUUCGCUGGCAUCGUUGCAGUCCUCAUUUGGAAAGCCCACGGGCACAGUUAUAGAUUUGGAUGCCUACUUUGAGGAUGCGGAUAGCAAUUCGCAGGAGCGUGUUGUCGGCGGCUACGAUGUGCCCGAGGAUGAGUAUGUGCCCUACCAGAUUUCUAUGCAAUUUCUCACGAAGAGCGGCAAAAUGCGACACUUUUGCGGUGGUUCCCUGAUCGCCCCGAACAGAGUUCUAACCGCGGCUCACUGCGUCAAUGGGCAAAAUGCGAGCCGGAUUAGCGUGGUGGCAGGCAUACGGGAUCUGAACGACGACAGCGGAAAACGCGCCCAGGUGCAAUCGUACGAGAUGAACGAGCACUACGAGGAGUUGGUCACCAGCGAUAUAGCUAUACUGAAAAUCGAUCCACCCUUCGAAAUAGAUGACAAACGCGUUAGCACCAUCGAUGUGAGCAGCGAUGAUCUGGUCGGAGCUGAUCAGGAGGUGUUGCUAACUGGUUGGGGUUCUGUUUUUCACUUUGGCACCGGGCCCUUUGCCAAGUAUCCAACCAUUCUUCAGAAGCUAUCCUACAAGACUCUGGAUAAUAACAAGUGCAAGCAGACUAUGACGCAGCUGACGGAUACAGAGAUUUGUGCGCUUGAAAGUUUUGGCAAGGGUGCCUGCAAUGGCGAUUCGGGUGGUCCUUUGGUUAUGGCUAACGGCGAGUCCCUGAAGCAGGUGGGCGUCGUCUCAUAUGGCACUGCAUUCUGCGCCUCUAACAGUCCCGAUGUUUACACGCGCGUCUCGAUGUUUAAUACCUGGAUAAAGGAACGCAUGGCCUAGAGAAG